CCACCAUGAGGUUAGAAAGGAGGGAGACAAAAGAGGAAAUGAAGCGAGGACAGAAAAGCAAAAGAGACACAAACUGUAGGUUAACUUGAGUGUUAAGGACUUGUUCCCAACAAAAAGCAAUCUCUACAAGGUCUUGGCCUUCCUCAAAUUCUCAUCCACCAGCCCAUUCUUCUGGACCACUAGCUCCUUCUCAUUGGCAUCUUCCAUCACAGCAACAACACACUGUGAACCUCAUGAGCUUUCACCUGAUGAAAGCCAUCCACAGCUUCACUCAAGCCCUUGGGAAGCUGCUGAGGAGGGUGUUCAGAUACCAGCUCUUCUCCCUCACCGCGAUCCCUCCCGACGAGCAAAGGAUCGUUGGAGACGGUGACGACCGGGUCGUCUCCGAGGACUCCGAUCUCGCCGCGGUCGCCGGCAGGCUCCGGCUGGUGUCGAUCGACGAAGCAGGAGGAGGAGGAGGAGAGAGAGCGGCGGAUCAGGGUGCCGGCAGCAGCGCCGAAAUGCUCAAGUCGGAUGAGGAGCUGGCUCGGUUGUUGCAGGCGGAGGAGGAAGCACUGCUGUUGCAGCAGUUUGUUGUGGGUGAGAAUAGUGCUCAAAUGGAGGAGAGGUUGAGGCCUUACAUCGAUCAAGUUCGCCGGUAUGAGGAUCCGAAAGCCCAAGAGGCUGCUCGGAAGACUGUACCUAUGGACGAGCUUGACGAGAAGGCAUUGGUGUCUCUGGCCAAGGUGGGGAACUUCAAACCAUCCAAAGGUGAACGGGAUCUUGCUUUCUUAAUACAGCUGCUUUACUGGUUCAAGCGUUCCUUCAGCUGGGUUAAUGCUCCUCCUUGCGAAGGAUGUGGUAGUGAAACUGCAGCUCAAGGCAUGGGCAGGCCACUUCCUUCCGAACUUCUUUAUGGCGGUUCUCGUGUAGAAAUUUACCGCUGCAAACGCUGCUCAAGGAUCACGCGCUUUCCGAGAUACAACGAUCCAGUGAAGCUCUUAGAGACAAGAAGAGGCCGUUGUGGGGAGUGGGCAAACUGCUUUACAUUCUACUGUCGUGCUUUUGGUUAUGAAUCCCGUCUGGUUUUAGAUUUCACCGACCAUGUGUGGACAGAGUGCUUUUCAGUGCAUUUGGGAAGAUGGAUGCAUCUUGAUCCUUGUGACGGAGUUUUUGACAAACCUUUGUUAUAUGAAAAGGGGUGGAAUAAGAAAUUGGAUUAUGCAUUUGGGAUAGCAAAAGACGGAAUCUAUGAUGUCACAAAACGCUACACAAAGAAGUGGCAUGAGGUUUUAACACGGCGAAACUUGAUCACAGAGACGUCUCUUUCAGCUGUUUUAGCUAAGUUGACGAAAGAAUGUCGGAGAAGUUUUACAUCUCAGGUGCUUUCUGCCCUUGAAGAUCGUGAGAAAAGGGAAAUGGAAGCAAUUGAGAGAGAUCUUCAUGCAGCAGAUGAUGCCUCAGUAUCUUUGCCUGGAAGGCAAAGUGGGGACAAGGAAUGGCGCAUCUCGAGAUCAGAGACUGGUCCAGAUGACAAUGGCUCUUUGAGUUGCUCGUCUUGCCCAGUUCGUGUUUGCUUUGAUGAGAAUGUAACAAAAAUCUAUGGUGCAUUUUCUCCAAUCCUCUCUCUCUUAGCAGACAACUCUGUUACUAAGUUUAGAGCUCUUGAAGUUUUUGAGACUUUUAGGGAACUUUUAGAAAAGAUGAGGAGAUCAUCCUUCAAAACAAGGAGAGUGUCACUUGAUUCAGCUUCAAUUGGGACACCAUCAUUUGUGCAUCAGUUGCUUCCUUCCUUCAGCGAGUUACUUAAUGCACUCUCUCUGAAGUGUGAACACGUGGACGGGAAGAUUGACAUAUCUCUGGCUGGCGACCCUGUAAAAACCUCGCUAGCAUUACCUGUAGUUCUGGAUGCUUUGGAAGAUAUGAUCCAUAACCUUAGACAGAGUGACCAUUUCGGUAGUGAUGUCCUAUCCUUGCCACUGUUGAAAUCUAAUAGAAUCCACUCUGGUUCAGUUCUUGCAAGUGGUGAGGAACUUCCUCUUGGAAUUGCCACAGCAGCAUUUGAUGGUACUCGUGAGACAAAAUGGGAAGAACCAAAUGGGGGUCGAGGUUGCUGGAUCAUGUAUAAAGUACUGGACGGCCAGAUGAAAGAGCUCGUGGCUUACGAGUUAAUGUCUGCCAAUGACGCUCCAGAAAGAGAUCCGAUGAAUUGGGUUGUGGAGGGAAGCAGCGAUGGAGGAUCCAGCUGGCAUGUUUUGGAUGAACAAACUUCCCAGCUGUUUAAAAACCGUUUCGAGCGCCGGACAUUCAAAAUUAAAACAAAAGCCCCAGCAUCCAAUGCUUUCAGGUUUAGGUUUCUUGCGGCGCGAGAUGUUCAAUCAACAUCACGGCUGCAGUUAGGAAGCAUCGAUCUCUAUGCAAGAUGCAGCUGAUGUGCCCAAACACUAGCCAACCGGGGCGGUCUCAAUAUAUUGCAGUCGACCAACCCGUGCCGGAAUAAAUCAAAGAUGAUGACCGAAAAUUAUCGUAAUUCUGGAAAGAUCAAUCUAUUCCUGAAGAAAUGGUGCCUCCAGUGUUCCAUUCUCUUCCCUUCCCUCAGAGACCACAUGUAUUGCCUAAUAGGAUAGGACCAGGCAUUUAACUACAAUGUAUUCUGAUCUGAAUUUAUUUUUUAUUUUUUUUUGGUAAA